AUCAACGCAUACGCCCGGAAGAGCUUUGAAGCAAACUCUCCCAAACACCCGCAGCGCGAAAGAGCUGGCGCAUUGGACACCAACCUCCAACCAAGCAUACCUAUCCCAAGCCAUGGAAACAAGAAAAAAGAGAAAGCUCGGAGCUGCCACAGCUCCCGUCUCGGCAGGCACCCGAGCACGGUCUGCUUUUGAGCUACGCGCACAGCUGUUGAAGAGCCAGAGCUCGAAUCCUCCAGUUCAAGAGAGCGCUCCUGGGAUAAAAGAGACCGCCGGCAGAGGCGAUGCCGAUGAAGCUAGCAAUGGGGUCUCAAAAUCUACGACUCCCAUCUCUCGCGCCCGCACCAAACGCGCGGCGGAGCCCCCUGUGCAGCCUGAAAACCUCAGCCCCGAGCCCGCCGAGUGUAUUGAAGUGGCCACCCCUGCUUCGAGGACUGUUCAACUGUCCAGCUUCACUUUGAACAAGAAGAACUUUCGGAGGAGGUCCGGAGGGCCGUGCUUGCUAAAAGUACCCGAAGGAGAGCGUGCCGUGAUCUUGGGGAGUUAUGGACUCAAGGUCCAGGCCGGUGAAGUGACUGUUGGUGGCGCAAUACUGCGAGCCGGAGGGGAUAUUGUCUGGGUUCACUCGCCUCACUGCCAUGCUCUUCCCGUCCUCCGGUUCACUGAAGAUGCCACGCUCGAGUUGCACCCGCAUCCAGCCAGUAGUAACCUCAGGAGACUGGCGAGCUUAUCACCCAAGUUUGAGAGGUUAUGGAACGAGGGCUCGUCGCAAGCGAUAGGGGGCCGAGGGGCGGAUUCAGUGGAGGACUCCUUUACACUCCUCUACACCACGGAUGAUGGCCCAACAUCUACGCCCUUGCAGGAGCUCGUGUCUCUGCCCGAGUGGAAUAAGGCCUUGGCCACCCUGACGAAAGCCUCGAAGCGGGCAGGACCCUUUACGGUUCUUGUCUGCGGGCCAAAGUCGUCUGGGAAGUCCACUUUUUCACGGCUUUUGGCGAACCGCUUCAUGACCGACAGCACAAAGCGGAAAGGCAAGGCCUGGCCUGGGGUCGCGGUCCUUGAUAUCGACCCUGGCCAGCCCGAGUUUGGCCCUCCCGGCGUCCUCUCGCUUGUCUACAUCGAGGCGCCGAACCUCGAGCCACCGUUCUGCCACCCCUUGGUCGCAUCGCAGGGCAGAAGCAAGACCUUGAGAUCCCACUCGAUUGCCACCAUCUCGCCGAUCACAAACUCGGACCACUAUCUUGAGUGUGUUCUUGAUCUAUAUAACGCCUACAGCAGCCAGCUGGGCGGGAAGUGUCCGCUUGUCAUCAACACCUGCGGUUGGGUCCAAGGCACCGGACUCGCCAUCCUCACUGGGCUGAUUGCCAAAGUCGAUCCCACCGAGGUUGUCUACAUGUCAAAAGAGGGGCCGGAGGACACCAUCGAGGGGCUACACGUGGCCUGUGAGAAGACAUCUUUCACCCUCUUGCCAUCCCAGUCGAGCAAGUUCACAGCGCGCACAGCUCAAGACCUCCGAACGAUGCAAAUGAUGUCAUAUUUCCAUAUGGAUCUUUCUUGCACACACAAGGGUCAUCUGCAGUGGAGCGCAGACCCCUUGAUAUCGGCUCUUCCGUGGAUUGUCAAGUAUCACGGGCCGAGCCGGGGGAUCUAUGGCAUUCUUUGCUACGACUAUCAGCCAUCCCUAGACAUGUUAGGGCCUCUCAUUGACGGCAUGAUCUUGACUGUCGUUGAAGUAGAGGAUAGAGCUGCUUUCAGAGGUCUGAUGCAAGCCCCACAGGGAAGGGAUGCCAUGGACAUCGACGACGGCUCUCCAGCGGGCCAAUCGUCCUCGGAAGAUGGGCCGACGCCGAUCGAGAUCACCACUGAGGGCUUACCCCUGAUCCCAAAUCACAAAGGAGUAACGCUGGAUCCACAAUUCUGUCGAGCUGUCGGCCUUGCGCUUGUCAGAGGCAUUGAUUCCCAAAGCCAUACUCUUCAACUCCUGACCCCUGUUCCCCAGGAGCGCAUCUCCGAGAUGGAAUCUGCCGGUAGCAUGCUGGUGCUGGUCUGGGGGAAGCUCGACGCCGCCCCUACCUGGUCGUACGUCGAGGAUCAGCAUAGGCAGGACUUUGAGUCACGCACGAAGCAGGGCGAGCACGGUGUCGACGGCGAAGGUAAUGGCAGGGGCUCUAGUGCCACGGGCGAUGGUAAGACCAGCCUUUCCGCGGCUGAUUCUGCCCUGCCGUGGGUAGAGGCGCUGCAGGGGAACCAGAAACGAGCUGCUGGGUCCAAGCCUCUCAGGGUACGGCGAGAUCUCGGCCGCGGUGCUAAGAGCACCGAUUGAAGGAUCUGGGCUGUCUGAAGGCUGGUCACUUCUCCAAGGACCAAGGAUAUAGGAGGAUCUGUCAUGUCAACAGUUCAUCACGCCUUGAGAUUGUUCUUGUGCUAUUUUUGCCCCACCAGAUUUUUUUUUCAGGAUGAGCCGAGCUUGUGGACCUGAAGUAAACACGAGAUGGCUUCAGCAGUACACGAAAGGAGUGCGACUCGGACAUGAAGCCCUGUUUCAAUGAUGCUGAGUUGUUGUGCGUUACCUGUACGCUCCCAUGAUGCUAGAUUUAUAUCAAACAGCAUACAACACAUGGCUGAAAAAUGAUGUAGUUACAGAUUAUGCAGAAUACCUGUCUCUGAGUAUUUAGGCCUCGCAAAAUUAUGUGACGGCAGAUGUGA